AUGUCUGCUCUAAGCAAUGUUUUUGACAAUAAGAGAAUGCAAAUUAUAAGGAAUGAAUUCACCCAUAUAGGAGAUAAAUGUUACUUAGAAAACGCGGGGACUGCAUUAUAUCCUCAGAUACAAUUGAAGAAAAUAAAUGAAGAUCUCUUAAAUAAUGUGUAUUUGAAUCCACAUUCAGAUAAAUAUACUAGAGACUGUAUAGAACAAAUAAGAAGCAGGGUAUUGAAGCAUUUUAACACAGACUCAUCAACAUAUACCCUAAUAUUUACAUCUGGAACAACUCAAUCCUUGAAACUUGUUGUUGAAUCAUUUAAAUUCCAAAGCGAGGAUGUCAACGGAUCAUUCAUGUACCUCAGAGACAAUCAUACCUCUGUUCUUGGAUUAAGAGAAAUAGCUAAAGAGAAAAACGCUUAUGUUAUUCAUAUAACACAUAAUGAUUUCCUGAAUUCGUUGCAAUCAAUACAAUCAAUACCCAAAAAUUAUGAAAGAGAUAGUAAGAAAGGUAACAUUUUAUUAGCAUAUCCAGCCCAAACUAAUUUCAAUGGGUUCAAAUAUCCCUUAAAUUAUAUACGGGAUAUUAAAAAUGGGUGUCUCGGAAGCUACCUUAAGAAACAGCUAUGUGAGGUGGAUUGUAAUUGGUAUAUACUCUUGGACGCUGCUGCAUUUGUCGCUUCAAACAAAUUGGACCUAUCAGUUACUCAACCGGACUUUGUUUGUCUAUCCUUUUACAAGAUAUUUGGAUUCCCAACUGGUUUAGGAGCUUUGUUGGUGAAAAACGAUAGUGCGGAUGUAUUAAGUGAGAAGAAAUACUUUGGAGGUGGAACCGUGGAUAUUGUGUUAAGUAGUGAGGAUUUUCAUGUAAAACGAACAUCACUUCAUGAAAGAUUUGAAGACGGCACUCUUCCAUUUUUGUCAAUCAUCGCUCUGAAACAUUGCUUCGACACAAUGGCAAUGUUGAUACCAAAAAUAGUAAAUAAUAAUAUUAUGGAUACUAUUUCGUUUCACACAUUCCAUUUAGCUAGAGAUUUGUAUGAACAAUUGAUUGAUCUUAAACAUCCGAAUGGUAACAGAGCAGCUGUAUUGUAUAUGGAUUCAGAUUUUACAAAUAUAAAGAAACAAGGAGCGAUUGUCGCAUUUAAUCUGUUAAGGGAAAAUGGAACUUAUAUUGGAUAUGCUGAGUUUCAACACAUGGCUGACUUAUUCAAUAUAAGCGUUAGAACCGGUUGCUUCUGUAAUUCUGGUUCAUGUCAGCGACAUUUGGAUGUUACGAACAAAGAGAUGAAGAUCAUGCAUAAAGCCGGACACAAAUGUGGUGAUGAAAUGGACUUAGUGAAUAACAAACCAACCGGUGCUAUAAGAGUAUCGUUUGGAUACUACAAUACAUUUAAUGACGUAGACAGAUUAAUUGCUAUGAUAACAAGAUGUUUCGUCAAAAGAAAGUAUCAACAACGCAAACGUUUCACAGUUUCGUUCUACGAGGAACAAAUAAAUAACAAUAUAACUGAUUUCCCUAAAGAAAUAUACAGUGUAAAUGAAAAUUACAUCACGAAUAACAUAGAGCCAAUUGAUAAUACUGAAUCUAAUAUAAAAUUGUCAGAACUAGCAAUAUUCCCUGUCAAAUCCUGUGGGGCGUUUAAAAUUAAAAACGGUUGGAUGAUUGGGACUAAAGGAUUCGAAUAUGACAGAGAAUGGAUGAUAGUUAAAGACAAUGGCGUGUGUUUGACACAGAAACAAAACAGCCGAAUGUGUAUGAUAAAACCGAUUGUAGAUUUAAAUAAGAAAUAUUUGACACUUACUUUUAAAGGAAUGCCGUCAAUUUCAAUACCUCUAGACCCGCCCAAUACAAAAUACAAAGAAAUGUCUUUAUGCCAAAGCAAAGUAUGCACUGAUGUGGUCAAAGGUUACGACUGCGGGGACUUAGUAGCGGACUGGAUAUCACGUGCCUUAGAAAUAUCAUAUUUAAGACUUAUAAGACAAUGUUCCGAUGACAAAAGAAUUCAGAAGAAAAACGGCGAACAAAUGCUAUCACUUAGUAACCAAGCGCAGUUCCUCUUGAUAAACAAAGCGACUGUAAGAUGGUUGAAGAACAAAAUAAAAGAUCCAACAUUCAUAGAUGAUAUUGAUACUUUGGUUGAUAGAUUCAGAGGAAAUAUUAUUAUUGAUACACAAAAAGAACUCGUUGAGAGAGACUGGCUUAAGAUUAUCAUUGGGAAAAAUGAGUUCAAAGUUGAAGGUCAAUGUAAUCGCUGUCAAAUGGUAUGUAUAAAUCAAAAUUCGGGAGAAAAAACAGUUGAACCACUCAGAACUAUAGCAGAAGAAUUUGGCGGGAAACUACGUUUUGGAAUUUAUUUAAGUUAUAUAGGACCAAUCAAUGGUAUGAAGGAUAGAAGUUUAAAUAUAAAUUUACCGAUAAAACCUCUUUUAAGUUAA